CCGCUGCACUUGGUGAGGUGGGCAUGGGAGACCGCACCCAGCUGACCAGAGACCCCGUUCUCUUCCAGAGUGAGGGGGCAGGCAGCGGGGCCUCCGCACCUGCCCCUCGGAAGAUGCAGUUCUUCGGCCGCCUGGUCAACACCCUCAGUAGCGUCACCAACUUGUUCUCUAACCCAUUCCGGGUGAAGGAGGUGUCUUUGGCAGACUACAACGUGAGCAGCCGGGUUCAGGAGGAAGGGCAACUGAUUCUGUUCCACAACGUCCCCAGUCGCACCUGGGACUGCGUCCUGGUCAACCCCAGGAACUCACAAAGUGGAUUCCGGCUCUUCCAGCUGGAGACAGAGGCUGACGCCCUAGUGAACUUCCAGCAAUACUCUUCCCAGCUGCCGCCCUUCUACGAGAGCUCGGUCCAGGUCCUGCAAGCAGAGGUCCUGCAGCAUCUGACCGACCUCAUCCGCAACCACCCCAGCUGGUCGGUGGCCCACUUGGCGGUGGAGUUGGGGAUCCGUGAGUGCUUCCACCACAGCCGCAUCAUCAGCUGUGCCAACAGCAUCGAGAAUGAGGAAGGCUGCACACCCCUGCACCUGGCCUGCCGCAAGGGCGACGGGGAGACCCUGGUGGAGCUGGUGCAGCACUGCCAUGCCCAGAUGGAUGUCACUGACAACAGUGGAGAGACUGCCUUCCACUACGCUGUCCAGGGUGACAACCCUCAGGUGCUGCAGCUCCUAGGCAAGAACGCGUCGGCCGGCCUGAACCAGGUCAACAACCACGGUCUGACCCCGCUGCACCUGGCCUGCCAGAUGGGGAAGCAGGAGAUGGUGCGCGUGCUGCUGCUCUGCAAUGCCCGGUGCAACGUCAUGGGGCCCGGCGGCUACCCCAUCCACACCGCCAUGAAGUUCUCCCAGAAGGGGUGUGCUGAAAUGAUCAUCAGUAUGGACAGCAACCAGAUCCACAGCAAAGACCCUCGCUAUGGAGCCAGCCCCCUGCACUGGGCCAAGAAUGCAGAGAUGGCCCGCAUGCUGCUGAAGCGGGGCUGCGAUGUGAACAGCACCAGCUCCGCGGGAAACACCGCCCUGCACGUGGCGGUGAUGCGCAACCGCUUCGAAUGUGUCAUGGUGUUGCUGACCUACGGGGCCAACGCUGAUGCCUGCGGCGAGCACGGCAACACCCCGCUACACCUGGCUAUGUCGAAAGACAACGUGGAGAUGAUCAAGGCCCUCAUUGUCUUUGGGGCAGAGGUGGACACCCCAAAUGACUUUGGAGAGACUCCUGCAUUCAUAGCCAACAGAAUCAGCAAACUUGUCACCAGGAAGACGCUCUUAGCUCUGCUGAGAACUGUAGGGGCCGACUACCGCUUCCCACUCAUCCCAGGGGUCCCCACGGAGCAGGGCUCUGCAGCGUCGCAGCACCCCAUCUCCCUGGAAAGAGCUCAGCCCCCAUCAAUCAGCCUAAGCAACCUAGAGCUGCAGGACAUCACGCACAUCACCAGGGCCCGGAAGCCAGCCUUCAUCCUGAACUCUCUGCGGGGCGAGAAACGCAGCCAGGACCACCUGCUCUGCCUGGACGGCGGGGGUGUGAAAGGACUCAUCAUCAUCCAGCUCCUCAUUGCCAUUGAGAAGGCCUCAGGCAUCGCCACCAAGGACCUCUUUGACUGGGUGGCCGGGACCAGUACAGGGGGCAUCCUGGCCCUGGCCAUUCUGCACAGCAAGUCCAUGGCCUACAUGCGCGGCGUGUACUUUCGCAUGAAGGACGAGGUGUUCCGGGGCUCACGGCCCUACGAGUCGGGGCCACUGGAGGAGUUUCUGAAGCGGGAGUUUGGCGAGCACACCAAGAUGACAGACAUCAAGAAACCCAAGGUGAUGCUGACAGGGACCCUGUCUGACCGGCAGCCGGCUGAACUCCACCUCUUCCGGAAUUACGAUGCCCCGGAUACUGUACGGGAACCUCGGUUCAGCCAGAAUACUAACCUAAGGCCUCCAGCUCAGCCCUCAGAACAGCUGGUGUGGAGGGCAGCCCGCAGCAGUGGGGCAGCCCCCACCUACUUCCGGCCCAAUGGGCGCUUCCUGGAUGGCGGGCUGCUGGCCAACAACCCCACGCUGGACGCCAUGACUGAGAUACACGAGUACAACCAGGACAUGAUUCGCAAGGGUCAGGGCCACAAGGUGAAGAAACUCGCCAUUGUCGUCUCCCUGGGGACAGGGAGGUCCCCACAGGUGCCCGUGACAUGCGUGGACGUCUUCCGUCCCAGCAACCCCUGGGAACUGGCCAAGACUGUUUUUGGGGCCAAGGAACUGGGCAAGAUGGUGGUGGACUGUUGCACGGAUCCGGACGGGCGGGCCGUGGACCGGGCCCGGGCGUGGUGUGAGAUGGUCGGCAUCCAGUACUUCAGAUUGAACCCCCAACUGGGGACAGACAUCAUGCUGGAUGAGGUCAGCGACAUGGUGCUGGUCAACGCCCUCUGGGAGACCGAGGUCUACAUCUACGAACACCGGGACCAGUUCCAGAAGCUCAUCCAGCUGCUGCUUGAGCCCUGA